AUGUCCCUGGCGCGCUCAGCCAGUGGCCCAGGCGGUCUCACAAUCAACACUGGCGCUGCAAACUCCCUCGCGUCCUCAUCCCAACCUCAAUCUACUGGCGGGCUCUUUGGAUCCGCAACCACAAACACAAACUCCAACGCGGCGACCGCGACCGCCGCCGGCGCGAUGGCGACAACAGGCGGGCUCUUUGGCGCGGCGAGUGCGCAGCCAAAGACAAACUUGUUUGGAGCAUCGACGACGACACAGGCACCUGCGAGCGGUAGUCUCUUUGGUAGCGCUGCGCCAGCAAGCUCUGCGCAGCAGCAACCCCAGCAAUCGCUGACAACACCAGCAUCUGGCGGUGUCUUUGGUUCAGUGGCGUCGCAGUCAAAACCUACCAACAGUCUAUUCGGUGGAGGAGCCGCUGCACAACCUACGACAAGCACAACAAAUACGGGCCUGUUUGGUGGUGGUGCUGCUAUAACGACGCAGCAACCUGCUCAAACAGGCGGCGGAGUCUUUGGUAGUACGACGACACAGCAGCAGCCUGCUCAAACAGGCACUGGACUUUUUGGCAACGCACAGCAAGGAGGAACAGGCACAAAUACUUCUGUCUUUGGACAGUCACAAGCAAAGCCAUCCGGCGGACUUUUUGGCCAAAGUCAACAGCCAACGCAAACUGCCAAUCCAGUCCCCGCAGUCCAGAUCAAUUACGAUAACUUGCGCCCGCGAUCUCGAUUCGACGACCUGGCGCAGCCAAUCCAAGAUGAGGUGGCACUCAUAGACAAGGGAAUUCAGCGCGUCAUCAAAAUGAGGGACGAGAUUGGCGAGUUUAUGCCACAGCACGAAAAGGAUAUUCAGCAGCUCGGAAAUGACGUCAAGUACGUCGAGUCAAAGUUUCGCAUGGUCCAAGAGGCUCUCAACCGCGACAUUCAAACUGUCAAAAGCCUGCAAGACGUCACGAAGAAGAAUAUUGGCGACGCGCAGCUAUCCUUCAAAGCGGCAGAUAACUUGAAGCUUCCUAGCCAUUAUCACCAGACGGGUCUUUUCGCGGGUUCUGCUCCGUCGUCCGCCUCCAACGGCACCGAUGCAUCAUCUGCACAGUCCAAUGCACAGGACCUCAUCACCUAUUUCAAUCGAAUCUGCGACGAUGUGGAAAAGUACAAGAAGCGACUAGACGAAUAUCGCGGGGAAAUUGAGCGCGAUAUGCCUGGCGUCGAGAAUGGGCUAUACGAACAAAUUCGAAGCUUUAGAGACCGCAAUGCCGCCAUGAACGGCAAUGGCGGUGGCGUUCAGGAUCAGCUUAACCAGGUGCUCUCUGCGCUACGAGAAACUGGCAACGCGAUUGUCGCCCAAGCCGGUCAGAUUGCGGAUACGCGAGAGCGUCUAUCCCGCCUCCAAGCUGGAUUCACUGAUAGCGGACUUUAUGGGACAAACUAA